CACUUAAUUGCUUGAGAUCGCAGGUGCUAAUUAUUAUUAUUGUUUCAAUCAUUACCAGAUCAUCGUAAAACCAAAACAUGCAGUCGGUCAGAAUGGGCUUUGUGGUGUUUAAAAUGAUAUCCAUCAUCGCAUUGUUUCUGAUGGGGUCAGUUGAAAAUUCGAAAGACAUUAACGAGUUAAAAUUGCCUACUAAUUUUAAGCCCUUGAGUUAUCGAUUAAAUGUAACUACGCACUUGGAAGAUAAAUUCAUGUUUGAAGGAGUAGUCGAUAUUCAAAUAAUUUGCAUAGAAGCUACCGACACCAUAGUGUUGCAUUCGAAUAUUUUGAAAAUCGAUAAAAAAAAUGUCGUGGUGACCAACGGUAGCGAAAAUGUCGUUCCAGUGGCUAGUGUGUCGUUCAAUCCGUGGAAAGAACUUAUGUACGUCAGGUCAACAGUAAACUUUAAGACCGGUGAUAAAUAUGUGCUAACCAUACCAUUUAUUGGAAAAAUCACUGAUGGUUUAGUAGGUUAUUACAAAAGUAGCUACAUGGAUAAGGAAAACAAUCAAACAAAGUGGCUAGCGGUAACACAAUUCGAACCAGCGGACGCCAGAAGAGCUUUUCCGUGUUUUGACGAGCCUGCGUUAAAGGCCAAAUUCAAGAUAAUUUUGGGUCAUAAAAAAGGAUUGACUGCAAUUAGUAAUAUGAGAAAGAUUAAUGAAUCGGAAAGCCUUUCAAAUCCAGAUUAUGUUUUUGACGAGUUUGAAGAAUCUGUACCGAUGUCUACUUAUUUAGUAGCCUACAUGGUGUCGGAUUUAGUAUUCUUUGAAUCGGACAGUCAAGAUGGCGAAGUGAAGUUCCGUAUAAUAGCCAGGAAGGAUACAACCAAUCAAACAGAGUUUGCCAAAAAAGCGGGAUCGUCGAUAUUAAAGUACUACGAGGAUUAUUUUGAUGAAAAAUUUCCGCUGUCGAAACAAGACAUGGUGGCCAUACCUGAUUUUUCUGCUGCCGCUAUGGAGAAUUGGGGUCUCGUCACUUACAGAGAGAUCGCAUUGUUAAUUGAUCCAGACCUGGCUGCAAUUGAUAAUAUACGAAGUGUAGUUAGCGUUAUUGCUCACGAACUUGCUCAUCAAUGGUUUGGUAAUCUCGUUACUAUGAAAUGGUGGUCCGAUAUUUGGUUAAAUGAAGGAUUUGCUACAUAUGUAGCAGUAUAUGGAGUAAAUUUUUUGUACCCAAAAUGGAACUAUAUCCAACUCGAAACAGUUGAAAACUAUUUAAGCAUUUUAAAAGAUGAUUCGCUCAAGUCGUCCCACCCAUUAUCGGUGUCUGCUAAAAAUCCAAAUGAAAUAGCACAAAUUUUCGACACAAUUUCGUACAAGAAGGGUUCAUUUUUAUUGCAUAUGAUGAACAUGUACCUCGGCGAGAAUACAUUCAAACAAGGCAUAAGAAACUACAUAAACAAGCAUAAGUUUUCUAACGCUGAACAAGAUGAUUUGUGGAAUUCAUUGACCGAGGAAGCUCACCGUCAAGAAACUUUGGACAAAAAUCUAACCGUGAAACUAACUAUGGACACGUGGACGUUGCAAACCGGUUAUCCCGUAUUGAAAGUCGUCCGGGACUACUCUGCGGACACGGUUACAUUAUCACAGGAACGUUUCCUAACGAUCAAAUCAAACGGUACGGACAAGAAUAGCUGUUGGUGGAUACCCCUAACUAUGACCACUUCAACGGAGGCCAACUUUAACCAGACGAAAGCGAAAUCUUGGUUGAAUUGCGAAAACAACAACCUCACCUUGCCAUUGGCUAAAGAUAACGAUUGGGUCAUAUAUAACGUGCAGAUGGCCGGUUUAUUUAGAGUUUUGUACGACACGCGAAACUGGAUGGGUAUCAUUUCUACGUUGAACGAUCCGAACAAAUACAAAACUAUACACACGUUAAAUCGAGUACAGUUGAUUGACGAUUCGUUUAGUUUUUCGCAGAAUGGUGAUUUGGAUUACGGAAUAACGUUCCAACUGUUGAAAUAUUUAAAACACGAAAAAGAGUAUACACCGUGGAUGGCUGCUUUGGACGGUUUCGGUCCGAUAAAUAAAUUAAUGAAAAGGACUCCGAACCAAGGAGUGUUCCAAAACUAUAUGCAACGUAUGCUGUCGCCUGUGUACAGCAGAUUCCGAAACAUGACCACUAAACUCAAUGAUUUUGAGGAAAUACGUUUUAAGAAUCUUAUAAUUGCCGAAGCCUGUCGUUACCGAAUUAACGACUGCACUGAACAAGCUAUCAAUUUAUUUAGUAAGUGGAUGAAUACUACAGACCCAGACAAAAAUAAUAUAUUGUCUAUAGAACUGAAAUCUGUAAUUUACUGUCAAGCGAUUAAAUAUGGAGGUGUAGCUGAAUGGGACUUUUUAUGGGAACGUUAUCAGCGUUCCAAUGUGGCAUCCGAAAAAGUGAAAUUACUCUCAGCAUUAGGAUGUAGCUCGGAUACUUGGUUACUUAACAGAUUUUUAAAUUGGACACUUGAUAGUUCUAUCAUUCGCAAGCAAGACACAAUAACAGUGUUCUAUUAUGUAACGAACAGUGACGUUGGAUAUUUAGCAGCAAAAAACUUUUUGUAUAGUAGAUUUGUGGAUAUAUCUAAUUACUUCAAUAAUCGAGGCUCUGCUAUAAGCAAAUACAUAAAACUUAUAGGAUCUCAAAUUAAAACCAAUGAAGAAUUAGAAGAGAUCAAAAUGUUUAUGAUUAGAACGUAUUAUUAUUUACAAGAUGGUUUGAGUAUUAAAGAGACAGUUGAGUCUAUGAAUAUAAACAUUGAAUGGAUGUCAAAGUUUUAUCGUAAAAUCGUAAAUCACAUGAUAUAAUAAUUAACAACGUUAUGAGUAGGUUUGAACAUAUUUUGAUAUGUGUUAAAAACUAUACAUUUUUUGCUAGUUCUACAAUAUAUAUACAUACAAUAUACCUAUACCUAAUACCUAAAUACCUUUAUGUAUACGUAUACUUAUAUAUGAAAAAUUAAAGUAAACACAUAUUUGCUAUAUCUUGUUUUAUAAUAUAAUUUCGUCGCCAUUUUACUUUGAUUCGUGUCACAAGAUAAAAGUUGUAGAUCAAGAUGAUUUAUCAAUAAUCUAAAUUAAAUUAAACUCGUCAUGUUUAAACG